GACGUAGAAGUGUGGAUGGGCAUGACCAAGUAGUGGAGGAGAGGGAUGCCCCUAGUGAAUUGCAUGUAGACUCUGUAGUAGAUGUUGUGUUGUCUAUGCAUGAUGCACCUUUGAACUCUGCCAGAAAUGGUGAAGCUGUGCCUUUAGAACCAUCAAAUCAAGUCCUAGAUGCUAAACUUGGUAGUGCUGUACCUUUAGAACCUUUAAAUGUAGCAGUAGAUGUUGGAUCCACAAGUGUUGAAUCUUUAGAGCCUUCAAAUGUAGUAGAAUCAGAUGAAUCAACAGGUGUUGAACCUUUAGAACCUACAAAUGUAGCAGUAGAUGUUGGAUCCUCAGGUGCUGAACCUUUGAAGCCUUUAAAUGUAGCGCUAGGUGUUGGAUCCACUGGUGCUGCACCUCUAGAACCUUUAAAUGUAGCAGCAGAUGUUGAGCCUUUAAAACCUUCAAAUGUAGUAGCAACAGUUGAUUCAACAGGUGUUGAGCCUUUGAAACUUUCUAAUGUAGCACUAGAUGUUGAAACAGCAAGUGUUAAACCUUUAGAACCUUCAAAUGUAGCAACAGAAAAUGAAUCUACAGGUGUUGAACCUUCAGAACCUUUAUUGACAGACCUAGAUGAUGAAACCAGUAGUGAAAAACAUGUAGAACCUCCAAAAGCAGUCUCAAAUGUUGGAUCCAGUAGUAUGACACCUCUAGAAUCAUCAAAUUCAAUCUCAAAAGCUGGAUCUAAUAGUAUUGCACCUUUAAACCCUUCAUCUGCAGUCCUAGAUGUUGAAUCUGACAGUUUUUUGCCUUUGGAACCUGCUGUCCUAGAUUAUGAAUCUUCAAAUGGUAUUCCUUUACAACCUGUAUCUUCUGCCUUGGACAAUAAAACCAGCAGUGUUGUACCUUCAAACACCAUCCCUGUAAUUGAGUCAAGUAGUGUUGUACAUUUGAAGCCUUCAUCUGUAGCCCUUCGUGAUGAAUUCAGUUACAAUGUUUCUUUGGCACCAGAUUCUUUACCUUCACUAUCAUUCCAAUUACCAGUGAGUGUUGCUGGUACUAAUGGGACUACAGAGUACAGUAGCAUUCCUUUGAUGCCCAGUUUUGAACCCUUGACUGUCGCAACUCCAGCAAUCUACUCUGAUCAAUUAUUGCACACUUUGGAUGCAAAGAAUGAUGCACUAUCAAUGAACAAUAAUUUUACACCUGCUUUGGAUGUUAACCCAUCUAACAAUGAUAACACACUAACAGCCUACUCACAUACAUCACUACUCAAAGAUAACAUACAAACUCUGGGAACAUCAGGGUCAUUUGAUACAGAUUCUCAAAUCUCUAGUGAAAUAGAUACAGAAGCUUUGAAUUCUGUGGAACACAAAUCUGGAAAUUUGUAUCAAGCUAGGAAUGAGAACCAUGCUGCAUCUAGGAAGCAGUCUAUUGUUUCUACUAAUACUGAUCAGGAGGCUAGUGAUGUAUUGCCACAUAUAGAGGAUGAAUUUAGUGCUGAAUCGUCAACUUUUGGAGUUGAUGGGGAUCCCAUGAAUGAAAUCGAUAUGAAUGGAGGCGGGAAAGUUGUGCGUAGACCAAGAGACUUCCAUGGUGUGAGAAGAAUGGACCGUUACGCUCAUCCAAUGGCUUUUAGGGGAAGUAGAUUUGAAAAAGUUUCUGAAAUAGUACAAUCACCACAAGCAGCAGGGUUGGUGGUGAAAGUUGAAGAACCCCACCAAUCCGAAGAGGAUAAUAGGUUUGAAUGGCAAAAGCAGAAGAAUCCGGCUUUUUAUUCCUAUGGAAGUGUGGGAGAUGAGUCUGAGAUAUCUGAAGGAGAUGAUAGAGUUGAGAUCAAACUGAAGGAUGACAAGGCGCCGGGAUUUAGGGAGACGAAUUUGGAUUACACCCCAGAGAAUUUGAAACGGUUUAUGAGUUAUAUGAAUCAACAGAGCCAGGUGGAACGAGGUUUUAUCAAUGAUGUGACAACUUCAACUUCAAAAACAAAGGGAACUACUGAAGGGGUUGAGGAGUUUUCAACAAGUACAGAAGGUCGAGAGUUAGAGGCAGGAACUGAGGAUAUUUUUGUGCAUGAACAAGUUUUCACUAAUACUACCAGUUUUCCAGUUUUGAAUACUAAUGAAAACUCACUACCACAUAGCAAUGACAACAAGCAUGUGAGUGAUAUUAGAAACCCAGGUGUGCCAACAACACAAAAUAACAAAAACAAUAAUGGCAACAUUAUCCAACUAACCCUACCUGAAGACACCAACCAUUCGGCAAAACGUGUGUUUGUUAAUGUUACCAUAGGUAGUGAGAAUAGUAAUGGUAAUGAUGGUAAACAACAGCCACUAUAUGUGUUAUCUAUUGCUGUACCAUCGUUUUCCAACGAGGUAAAUGCCAAGAAUGGUGCAAUUGAAGCUACACUUGAUGAGAGAAAAUCUAGUCCUCCAUCAGGGGUUACCAGAACAUCUGUAACUGAUGUUAAUUUGACAUCAACGAGCACCAAGAAGUUUUCAAAAGUUGGUGAUGAGACAACAACUGUAACCCCAAUGGUACCAGGGUUCAGGUUAUGGGGCAGUGAAUGUCAAUGCUCAUGUCCCUGUCUACAGGAGACAAAUGAAGAUUCUCUCAGAAGUGGUGAUGAUUUGGUUGGUAAUUUGUCAAGUGCUAUCCAAAAUGAUGCUGACUCGUUUACAGGUAAUUCCACUGAGGAAACUGAAGAUACAUCGUCCAAUAGUAACGAGUACUAUCAGGAUGCUGAAGGAACCCAGUAUCUGCAGCUGGUUUAUUCGCCGGUUGAAAACAGCACAGAAACUGCUAGUAAUUCUACAGAUUUCGAUGAGGAUACCACCUCGAACACAACUACAAUGUAUAGUGUAAAUAGCAGUGACUCUACUACUAGUGAUGAUGAUUUGUUGGUGGAUUAUAACCUAGGUGUUGUAACAGAUCCAAUAACUGUAGCAGAUCUAAUAACCUUAACAGAUUUACCAUCCACAACUACUGUUCCCAACGUUGAUUUUGAUGGUAGUUUUGAAGAAGGUGGCAUCAAUGUGACUACUUCAACAUCAGUUCCUGAUCAGGAUGGAACAGAUUUUGUUGACUCGACUACAGAAUUCGAAAUGGCAGAAACUACUACUGCUGUGGAACAGGAUGAGGAUUUGGAGGUUCCUGUUGAAGUAACAGUUCCUGAACCGGUUCCAACCGGUUGUCCUGUUGUUACCACCAGUUCACCUGCACCCCCUCCACCGGUUCUUAUUUUGGAAGGUGCAAAAACGUUUCCGGCACGCUCGUUUCCCCCUGACGGUACCACUUUCUCGCAAAUAGUUUUGGGCCAGAAGCUGACCAAUGAGAUUGCGCCGUACGGCUACUGGAACAUGCAGUUCUACCAAUCAGAGGCCGCCUACGUGAAGUUCGACUACAACAUACCUAGGGGCGCUAGCAUCGCUGUCUACGGUAGGCGUAAUGCCCUGCCCACUCAUACGCAGUAUCACAUACUCGAGGUGUUGAGCGGAUUCAAGGCUAGGACUGCGAGGGCUUCACAUUCGAGCGUAAAGAAGGAAGUGACCCACUACCUGGAGCCGGGCCACUGGUUUUUGUCGUUGUACAACGACGACGGAGACCCGCAGGAGAUCACGUUUGUUGCGGCUGUCUCGGAGGACAUGACCCAGAAUUGUCCCAGCGGCUGCAGCGGAAAGGGUUCCUGUCUCAUGGGACACUGUCAGUGCAACGCUGGGUUUGGCGGCGAGGACUGUAGUGAGAGCGUGUGCCCAGUGCUAUGCUCGCAAAAGGGCGAAUACAUAAACGGCGAAUGUCACUGUAACCCGGGCUGGAAGGGCAAGGAGUGCAGCAUGCGGCAUGACGAGUGUGAGGUGCCGGACUGCAAUGGGCACGGCCAUUGUGCCAACGGCAAGUGUGCCUGCGCCAGGGGGUACAAGGGAAAAUUCUGCGAGGAAGUCGACUGCCCGCACCCUACAUGCACGGGGCACGGCGUGUGCGCAGACGGCGGCGUAUGCAUCUGCAAGAAGGGCUGGCGUGGAGCAGACUGCGCCGAAACCGACCAAGACGCACUGCAAUGUUUGCCGGACUGUUCGGGCCACGGUGUGUUUGAUCUAGAGUCGCAAACGUGCCAGUGUGAGCCGCUGUGGUCGGGUGACGACUGCUCCCGAGAGCUGUGCGAUUUGGACUGUGGACCUCACGGACAUUGUGUGGCCGACUCUUGUGUUUGCAACGAGGGGUGGGGCGGAGAGUACUGCAACCUCAAACUCUGCGAUGCCAGAUGCAACGAGCACGGCCAGUGCAAGAACGGCACGUGCCUGUGUGUGACCGGGUGGAACGGCAAGCACUGCACGCUGGAAGGAUGUCCGGCCGGCUGCUCGGGUCACGGCCAGUGCCGCGUCAACCUGGACUCGCUGUGGGAGUGUCGCUGCUCUGAUGGAUGGGACGGCCGUGACUGCAGUGUGCUGCUAGAGGCUAGCUGCUCUGAUGGACGCGACAACGACAAAGACGGCCUAGUGGACUGUGAAGACCCCGAAUGCUGUUCCAACCACUUGUGCCGAAGCAGUCAGCUGUGUGUGACGUCACCGAAACCCAUCGACAUCCUGCUACGCAAACAGCCGCCGGCUAUCACAGCAUCUUUCUUCGAACGCAUGAAGUUCCUCAUCGAGGAAGGCUCGUUGCAGAACUAUGCGCGCCAGGAGAACUUCAACGAAAGCCGCUCAGCAGUGGUGCGAGGCCGCGUGGUGACGUCAAUGGGCAUGGGUCUGGUGGGUGUGCGUGUGAGCACCAGCAUCGUACAGGAGGGGUUCACACUGACACGAGAGGAUGGCUGGUUCGACCUGUUGGUCAACGGGGGCGGCGCAGUUACACUGCAAUUUGGUCGAACGCCCUACCGACCGCAGAACUAUAUCGUCAAUGUGCCCUGGAAUGAGGUUGUGAUAAUCGACACAGUUGAGAUGUACCUGAACGACGACAAGCCAGCUUCAGUGGGGCCACAUGCAUGUCGCGCGCACGACUAUGACCUGAUGAAGCCGGUCGUGUUGGCCACAUGGAAGCACGGGUUCCAGGGUUCGUGUCCCGACAAGAGUGCCAUCCUCGCCGAGUCUCAGGUGGUGCAAGAGAGCUUCCAAAUCCCAGGCACCGGCCUCAACCUGGUCUACCACAGUUCGCGAGCCACCGGCUACCUGUCAACCAUUCAACUGCAACUCACUCCCGAGACGAUUCCGCCAACUUUGAAACUCAUCCACCUCACCAUCACAAUUGAGGGCAUCCUCUUCGAUAAGAUUUUCGAAGCUGAUCCCGGUAUCAAGUUCACCUACUCUUGGAAUCGUCUCAACGUUUACAGGCAAAGAGUGUACGGAAUCACGACGGCUCUAGUGAAGGUUGGCUUUGAGUACACCGAUUGCAAGGAUAUCAUUUAUGACGUUCAGACCACCAAACUGUCGGGUCACGAUAUGAGCAUCUCGGAAGUCGGAGGAUGGAAUUUGGACAUCCAUCAUCGAUACAACUUUCAUGAAGGUAUCCUACAGAAAGGCGACGGCUCCAACCUCUACCUGAAACAGAAGCCUCGCAUCAUCAAGACCACCCUGGGCGACGGCCAUCAGCGACCGCUGGACUGCGGCAGCGAGUGCCAGGGGGGCGGCGAAGCCUCAAAGGGGGCCGUUGGUGCCCCCCAGGGGGCCGGGGCAAAGGGUGGCCGGCUGUUGGCGCCCGUAGCGCUCGCUGCCGCCCCGGACGGCAGUCUCUAUGUGGGCGACUUCAAUCUGGUCAGACGUAUCAUGGUUGAUGGCACUGUUAGGACGGUUGUUACGCUCAAUGUAACACGAGUGGCCUACCGCUACCACAUAGCCCUAUCACCUCUGGACGGCACCCUGUACAUCUCGGAUCCGGAGUCGCACCAGAUCCUACGCGUGCGCAAUGCGAACGAUUUCUCGGAUCCAGAGCACAACUGGGAGUCGGCCGUCGGAUCCGGAGAGCGCUGUCUGCCCGGCGAUGAGGCGCACUGCGGCGAUGGAGCACUAGCUAGGGAUGCAAAGCUCGCUUAUCCUAAAGGAGUGGCAGUCUCGGGUGACAACGUACUAUACUUCGCUGACGGCACCAACAUCCGUAUGGUGGAUCGAGAUGGCAUUGUGACAACGGUGAUUGGCAACCAUAUGCACAAGUCUCAUUGGCUGCCGAUUCCCUGCGAGGGAACACUCAACAUCGAGGAGGUGCACCUCCGUUGGCCCACAGAUCUCGCCAUUAAUCCACUAGAUAACUCACUGCAUAUUGUCGACGAUCACAUGAUUCUGCAGCUUACGCCCGACGGACGUGUUAAGGUGGUAGCAGGUAGACCGUUGCACUGCCCGUCACGCGGCCAUGACAGUGAGCUGGCCACACGCGCGACUCUCGUCAUGCCGCAGAGCAUUGCGUUCGCUCCGACCGGCGAUCUGUUCGUCGCCGAAAGCGAUUCGCAGCGAAUCAAUCGCGUGCGCGUCAUUGGAACCGACGGCAAAAUCAGCCACUACGCAGGCGCGGAAUCCAAGUGCAACUGUUUAGAUCGUGGCUGUGACUGCUUUGAACAGGAUCACUUCCUUGCUUUCACCUCCAAGUUCAACACCAUCUCUUCUGUGGCUGUGUCACCAGACGGCAUUCUGCAUAUUGCUGACCAGGCUAAUUACAGGAUCAGGUCUGUGGUGGCUAGCAUACCGGAAGCGAGAAAUACACCGGCGGAAGCAUAUCAGAGAGAGUAUGAAGUGUAUUCGCCCGAUACACAGGAGGUGUAUGUAUUCAAUCGGUUUGGACAGCAUAUAUCCACCAGGAAUAUACUCACAGGUGAAACCAGCUACCUGUUUACAUACAACGUGAAUACAAGUAACGGAAAACUUAGUACAGUCACUGAUGCCUCCGGAAAUAAGGUCUUCCUACGUCGUGAUUAUGCAUCUCAGGUAAAUUCGAUCGAGAACACCAAGGGCCAGAAGUGUUUGAUAAGGAUGUCGAGAAUGAAACUUUUGAGCGAACUCAGCACACCGGACAAUUACAAUGUCACCCUGGACUACUAUGGACCCACUGGAUUACUUCGCAGCAAACUGGACUCGACAGGUCGCUCGUACGUGUACAAUUACGACGAGUUUGGACGCUUGACGAGUGCAGUGACGCCCACCGGCAAAGUGGUCAGGUUGGCAUUCGACCUGAGUGUGAAGGGAGCCAUGGUCAAGGUGACCUUGGACGACAGGCAGCCUAUUUCUAUGCUCAUCAAGGGGUCGACCGUCGUUACCAAGUCUGGCGAAUCACAACAAAGUACAAUGAUCGGGACAGACGGAAGUGUGUCGACGACGUCACCGUGGGGUCACGUGGUAAGCACGGACACCAUUCCAUACUCGAUCCUGUCGGACGUGGACCCGAUUCUGGGUGAGAGCUACCCGGUGCCCGCCAAGCAGAGGGUGGAAAUUGGCGGAGAGCCGGCCAACCGUUUCGAGUGGCGAUACUUUAUGCGCAAGCCCAACGGCCAAGCCAAGUUCCGGCCGCAGCCUGGUGGCGUGGUACAAGUAGGCAGGAAACUGAGAGUGAAUGGUGAAAAUCUGCUGACGCUGGAGUAUGACCGUGAGACUGGAACAGUGGCCGUUUUCAUGGAUGACAGAGUCGAACUGUUGAAUGUCACCUACGAUAGGACGGCGCGGCCUGUCAAAUGGGGACCAAGGAACGGAAUAUUCGCCGGUGUUGAGUUGGAAUACGACAGGUUCAGUCGCCUGAGUAAAUGGAGAUGGGGCGAUUUGACUGAGAGCUAUGGCUAUGACAGGUCUGGACGUCUGGCUGAGAUAUGGUAUGCUGACGGCACAUCGACAUUGUACACUUUCAAGGAUCUCUUCAGUACUUUGCCCCUGAAAGUGACGACCCCUCGUGGCAGUGACUACCUUCUUCAGUAUGACGACGCCGGCGCUCUGCAGUCGCUAACGACGCCACGAGGUCACAUCCACGCAUUCUGUCUACAGACGUCGCUCGGCUUCUUCAAGUACCAGUACUACUCCCCCAUCAGCAGACAUCCUUUCGAACUGCGCUACAACGAUGAUGGACAGAUUUUGGCUAAACUCUAUCCCCACCAGUCAGGUCGCGUGGCCUACGUGUACGACCAAUCAGGCAAACUGGACACAGUGUUGGCAGGUCUGUCUUCGAUUCACUACACCUACCAGGAGAGCACCAGUCUGGUCAAGAACAUCGACAUCAUUGAUCCGAGCUUCGAGCUCAAGCACGAGUUCAAAUACCAUGUCGGCCUGCUCAAGGAUGAGAAGCUCAAGUUUGGAAGCAAGAGCGGGCUGCAUAAUACUCAUUACAGAUACCAGUUUGACGGCAACGCGCGCAUAUCGGGCAUCGACGUGGACAUAGACGGCAAGCAACUGCCGCAGCUGCGUGUCAAGUACAGCCAGAACCUGGGCAUGCUGGAGGGGAUGAGCGACCUGCGGGUGUACCGAAACACGUUCAACCGCUCCGUGAUGCAGGACGCCGGCAACGAGUACUUCACCAUCACCGACUAUGACCAGCAUGCGCGAGUCAAGGCUGUGCUUAUCAAUAUCAAAUCGUUCGACGUGUUCAGGAUGGACCUGGAAUACAACACGCGCGGCCGUAUCAGCGCCACUAAGCUGGUGAUUGGUCGCACCUCCAGCCAACAGAAGAUGGCCUACAGCGCCGACGGGCACAUCCUGGAGGUGACGGGCACCAACGAGUGGAAGUACACCUACGACGAGAACGGAAACGCUAUCUCGGUCACCGAACAAGGACAGAAACUCACGCUCGGCUACGAUGCUGGUGAUAGGGUCGUUCAGGUGGGAGAUGUGGAGUUGAACGGGUAUGACGCGAGAGGAUUCGUGGUGCGACGCGGGGAAACCAAGCUCAGAUACAACGAGCGUGGUCAACUGAGUCAUGCUACCGAGCGAGACCGAUUCACAGCGUGGUACCGUUACGACGACCGAGGACGGUUGUUGGCGAUGCAGGACGCACAGGGCAACACGACACAGCUGUUGUAUGCGGAUCCACACAACCCCGACCACGUGACUCAUCUGCACUACCCCAAGACGGGCCGCACCUUCCGCUAUCUCUACGGCGAGAAGGGCUGGCUGGUAGCCGUCGAGACAUCCGAACAGAGAUUCUACGUGGCUUCCGACCAGAACGGUUCUCCUCUGUCUCUGUUCGACACGAAUGGAAACAUCAUAAAGGAGAUCAAGAGAACUCCUUUCGGUCGCAUCAUCCGCGAUUCAAACCCUGACUUCCUGCUUCCGGUCGACUACCAGGGUGGAAUUCCCGAUCCUCUUACUGGGUUGCUCUAUCUCAAUAAGAGAUGGUACGACCCAUCAGUGGGCCAAUGGAUGACCCCCGACUGGGAGCGAUUGGCCAAUCAGCUGACAGCUCCUACCGAUGUGUUCAUCUACCGAUUCCAGAACAACGACCCCAUCAAUCCGGUGCGCGCGCAGACUGUCAACUACAUGACUGACCUCCAAAGCUGGCUGCAGCUCUAUGGUUACAAUCUGAACAACAUGCUCGGCUCGCUCUACACGAGAUCGAUUGUCUAUCAGCCGAGCGCCAAGAUUAGCUCGCCGCAACUGGCGCCUGAUUUCGGCGUCAUGAGUGGCUUGCAGUGUAUUGUUAGUAAGGUAACGGGCAACUUCGGUUCGCUUGGUUUCGUGGCCGAACCUCUACUGAAGAUGGAGGCUCGAACCCGCAACCUGUUGCCGCGAGUCGCGUAUCGGCGCGCCGUGUUCGGCGAAGGUCUGCUGAUCUCGCGGUCGGCGGGUCGCGCCCUCGUGUCCGUCGUUGAAGGGGUCAACAGCGUCGUCCAGGAUGUGGUCACGUCCGUCUUCAACAAUUCGCACUUCCUCGAUCUACAUUUCACGCAACACGAUCAGGAUCUCUUCUACUUUGUCAAGGACAACGCACUGAAACUACGCGACGACCUUGAAGAGUUGAGGCGACUGGGCGGCAUGUUCAACGUGUCAACACACGAGACGACCGACGGCCGAGAGCUGCGACUGCAGUCGUCCGACGCUGUCGUGUCGCUGCGAUACGGCGCCGAUCCGAUGCAGGACCGACAUCGGUUGCUGAAGCAUGCGCACAAGCGGGCCGUGGAGAGGGCCUGGGAGAUUGAAAAGGCGUUGGUAGCGUCGGGGUUGUCAGGUCGUGGAGAAUGGACUGAAGAAGAACGUGAAGAACUGAUUUUACGCGGAAGAGUUGAUGGCUAUGAAGGAUCCGACAUUCACAGUGUACAGAGGUAUCCUCAGCUGGCCGACGAUCCCGGAAAUGUCGCUUUCAGAAAGGAUGCUCGCAAGAAACGCAAGAGGAGGACUCACCGACACGAGGAGGCAACGUGAGGUGGUGUGUUGCAAACUGCCUGCAACGGAGUAGUGGCGCAAGGUUGCAACGGAACUGUGGUGUUGCAUAACUAGUGAUUUGUGUUGCAUAGUUCACCUGCAACGUGUGAUUUCUGUUAUUAAAUUCAUCUGCAACAUGUGAUCAUGGUUGCAACAGAACUGUGAAGUUGCAUAACUAGUAAUAUCUGUUGCAUUGUUCAUCUGCAACGUGUGAUUUCUGUUAUUAAAUUCAUCUGCAACAUGUGGUCAUGAUUGCAACAGAACUGUGGAGUUGCAUAACUAGUGAUAUCUGUUGCAUUGUUCAUCUGCAACGAGAGAUUUCUGUUGCAUAGUCAUCUGCAACCACAAGUGAUUUGUGUUCCAUAAUAUGAUGUGAUUGCAACAUUUGAGAACUUCACCUGCAACAUGUGUUUUAUGUUGCAUAGUUCAUCUGCAACAGGGAAUUUUUCUUGCAUAGUUGACCUGCAACUACCAGUGAUUUGUGUUCCAUGAUGUGACUGCAACAUUUAAGAACUGAUCCUUCGUCAACAGUGUUGCAUAAAACCUGCAACAAGUGUUGAUUGCAACAUGACAUAAAAUGUGUCAACUGCAUUGAAUAGAACCUGCAACUAUACUGUUGUUUGCAACAUUAAAUAACGUCCUCAACAACUAUGUUGCAUUGUAUAACUUGUAACGUGAUAGAACUGUGUUUCAUCAACUUAAAAUAACUUUCUCGUCAACUGUGUUGCAUUGUAACUUAUGAAUGUGUAACGUGAUAGAACUGUGUUGCAUAAAAAUGUGAACAUGCAACGAGUGUUGAGAUUCUGUUGCUUCAAGUUUUGAUGUAGAGUGAACUUUGAUAACACUGUUGCAUAUAACUUGCAGUAUGAUGCAGGUUUAAAACUGUUGCGUAUAAGGUUAUUGUUGCAUAAAAUAACAUUCAAAAUGUAAUGUUACUUAAGGAACUUGAAGAUUUGAAAGUGUUGCAUACAUCUUUAGUCAUGAAUUCUACUUUGAAUCAUUGAUAUGUAUGUUGUAUUGAACUGGCAACAUAUAUUGACUGAUGAAUUUGUAACCAAACUUGUUCACCAUACAAGUGUAGCAAUGUAUGUAACUAGAAAUGUAUCUUUAUUGCAACGUUAUUACAUCCUAUUUGCAACAAAACUGUUGCCACAAUCGAGUUCUGAGUCUUGCAUGCAACAUGAACGUUGCAACAUAAGUUUACAACAAAAACAGUAAAUCCGUUGCUCCGCUGCAGAAUCUAACCUAUAACACUGAAACAAACAAUGUGAUAAUUCUCUUAUUAGCUACUCUUCUUCUUCUAAUUAUUAUCAUUGUAUAUUAUUAUUUAUUGGAGUGAUAGUGUAUUGGUUACGAAUUUUUUACGUUUUGUGAAGAACUUGUUGGAUAUUAAUGACUUUAGGAUAGUGUGAUUUGUGGAUUAGUGAUGUUUAUGGGUUAAUACGAGUGCUGAAUUUUGAGCGGUUCUGAAAUCUGAGUUUUAAAAUAUUUUAAAAGAUCCAUUCUUGAAAAAUCAGCAAUGAUUUUGGUGUGUUUCAAACAAUACUCUCCAACUUGUGAAGAAAUUCAAAAUUCAAAUUCAUCAAAAUUCGGCACUGUAUUUACCUUGAUUAUUUUAGAAUAAGGGUAAUUAGUCCAAGUUGAUUUAUACUCGAUAAAACUCAUUGAAGAAUAGCAAAGCUUCAAGUUUUGUAGCCUACAAUCAACAAUUUAGUUGGAAAUUUGGAUUUGUGGCCUGUGAACAAGUAAUGUUUUAACUCAUGAAAUAGAUUUAUUAUUCAAUAACAAUAUUGUUCUUCUAAGUAGGAAGGAAGCUUGAGUACCUAAAGGUGCGUACACGCGCCGCGAACAUGAGCAAUUCACUUUUAAUCAGCUGACUAUAUCUGUAUUUCUACAGAAACGGUAAGAUACAGAUAUAAAAAGCUUGGCAUCAGCUGAUUGAAAGUGAAUUGAUCAUGUUCGCGACGCGUAUAUUUGUACGCACCUCAAUAGAUAUUUUUAUCAACUGAUACCUGGUUUGAAGUACCGGUACACCUUUUUGUCAAACCAUCUUUUAAACGCACAAAUUUCUAACUCUUAAAAUAAUAUGCACAUAUUAUUCUAGUCUUCAUAUAUAGUCAGGUCUUCAUAGAUCUAUGAAUCCUAAGCUCUGUGUUUCACUUUUAAUUAUUAUUACUAUGAAAUCUUAAUUUUUAAUUCAGUAAAGGUUUCCACUGGCUUGUACCAAAAUAAGUUUUAUCAAGUGCCUAAUCAACAGCUUGACUUUCUACCCUUAUUGUAAUGAUUAUACAAUAAUUUCCCAAAAUUAUUUUAUGAUCAUUAAAUUGUAACUAUUCGAUUACCUUAUAUAUUAUGCUUUAUGCAGGUAUAUUAUCAUCAAUGAGCAAUUAUUAGACUGUACACCUUUAACGUUACUUGGGUAUGUUGAGUGAAAAAAACAUUUAUCCUCAAUAAUGUUGAAGAAUUUUCAUGUAUUGUUGUUAUAUUGUUGAUUAUUGACGAGAUGGGGUGACUUUAAGUCAAUUAAUAAUAAUUUUUCUCUCAUUGUAUCGCUUUUUUCGAUUUUUCAAUCACUAAAAUUGUGUGAAUAACUGGACUGGAAUGAAACUAUAUGUAACUGGAUACUGGUAUUAUAUAUGUGAAAUUUAUUUGGUGCUGAACUAUUAUUAUUAAUUAAUAAUUGUGCUAUUUAAUUGUCUUAUUCUCAUUUUUUAUAUAAUUCACAAAUUGACUACAGUUAGAUGAGUCUCUUGCAUGUAACAAUGUUGAAUGUUCUUUUUACAUUCUAAAAAAAUUGAAGAAGAUAAUUCUGAAUUCAAAGCAAUUCAAUUUCACUGAUUUAUCAAGUUGUGAGAAAAACAUCACAUUAAAUUAUUAGUUCAUAAAAUAUAUAUUUAUAGAUUUAAUUUUUUUGUUUUCAAAAUUUCCAAUGAAAUUAUUAAAACUCUUUGAUACCUUUUAGGUAGGUUCCCCAUUCUUGUUUUCAAAGUUUUCAAUAAAAUUGAAAUUCUCUCAAAUCUUUGAUAUAUUUUAUUUGAUGGUAUUUAGUUUGUUGUAGAAACAAGAGUUUUUCUCGUGGAAAACUAUGAGAGUUAUCAAAGAUUCUCUUAUUAAUGGUAUAAUAUCUUCACUAACUAAAUCUACAAUAGUUAUCAAUGUUUUUCCUAAUUUUAUUAAUCAUAUUUUACCAUUUUUUUAUGAAAAUUUUGUAUACUCAUACCUUGUUCUCAGUGGUGUUAAUUUGGUGCUAUAUUGAUACAAAUUAAAUUAUUUUGUGGUAACUCAAUUAUUUGAAAAUUGUAAACCAUUUUUUACAAUAUUCAAUUAAUACCCGAGAUCGAUCAUCCACCAUUCGGACAAUUCCUGAUAUGUUGCUUUCAGAAAGUUUCAUGUCCAAUUUUGAUAAUUUGAAUUUUUUCUCCCCAAAAAUAUACGUUAUUUUUCUCGUAUAAAAUGUAUUCAACAAGGAUUUCAAAGUUAAUUUGAAAAUCGCUACUUGAAAAUUCAAUAAAUAUGUUUCUUUCUCAAAUUUCCAUGUCCAAUUUUGAUAAUUUGAAUUUUUCUCUCCAGAAAUAUACGUCAUUUUUCUCGUAUAACAUGUAUUCAACAAGGAUUUUCAAGGUUAAUUUGAAAAUCACCACUUGAAAAUUCAACAAAUUUUGUUUGGAACAGAAUCAAUUCUCAUAUUUUGUUCCUUUUUAGAAUGUAACAAGUAAUAUUCACUAGUUAAGCUUGUCCUUGACUGAUCUUGUACAUGUAAAUACUACCGGGUAAGACUUUAAUAUGCUUGUAAUACAUAUAUUAUUGAUAAUUCUUACUACAUAUUAGUACUUAAAUACCAUAUAAAAUAUGACAGAAGAAGUACACGCUCAAAAGAAGAUACUGGAAAAUUUUUCUCUAAAAACUUGUGGUUACUGUCAUAGAUCGGGGAAUAAGUUCAAGAAUAAGAACUAAUGUCUUGAAUGUUGGGAAUUUUUUGGAAGACAGUUUCAACGAAUUCGAUUAGGUGUUUACGAGUUUUUAUUAUAUUUUUGAAUCUCAAUAUUCCAGUUUGACAAUGGUUUUGAUGUAGAUGCAACCAGGGUUAACCGAUCUAAAGUUGGAUAAAACAACGAAAAUGUGAGAAAAGUUGUAGAACAUCGUAUCUUCUGGACAUGCUUGUGUGGUGUAUCGUGUAUAACCAAAGAGCUUUUAGAUUAUGGUGUGUAAUAUUGUAGAUAAACAGUUAGAAAUUAUCCAUAAACUUCUCGGCGUUAAAAUUGGUGUGUAAAUAACAUUAAAUUACUAUUAAUAAAACUUGGAGAUUGUGUUAGAGCUCUUCAGUUGACAAUCGAGAUAUGUGUGUAUGUAUGUGUGUGUUUUUUAUUGCUCGGAAAUGUGUUGUAUAUAUAGGGAAAUGUUACGUAAUAAACGAUAGUUGAAUGUGGUAGAGAAACGAACAGAUAUAGGUAUAGUUGUAAUAGGGGUUUUGUCUAUAAGAGCGGCCUAUACGAAAAUAUUGGGAACUUUAAUUCAUUUUUAAAUCAAGUUUCUAAUUUGGAGCUGAAUAUCCAGGGUUUCUUUGAAAUUCUUGAGAGGUUUUUAUGUAUAUGUGGACUUUGGAUAAACUUUAUUUGUGCUAUCAAAUCGUUUCUAAAAACCAUUAAUUCAAAUAUACAGGUAGCUUCAUUUCAACUUGGUUCCAUUAUCCACAGAAAAGUAUAUUGUCCACUCAUGACAGGAGAUACUACCUGAACCUAAAUAAAAUAUGAUCAGAUAAAUUCUACUUUUGAAAUUUUACAGUCUAGAGUGGUUUCUAGGAUUGAUCAGGCUCCAUAAAAUAACAGAAUCAAAUAUCACAGAUUGAGCUUAACAUGUUAUGAUAUCACAAUGAAGGUGCUAUAUAGGAAGAUUGAUUAUUUAUUUACUACAAUAACUUUUGUAAUCAUUCCAAAAAAUGAGAUUAUCAGUUUCAACUUUCUCUAUUUCUCCCUUGUGAAGACAUAUUUCUCUUGUGUUACUGUUGCCUGUAAUUGGAGCUCUGAAGAAGGAGAAAUAGAAGUAAGAGAAGAAAUGAUUGGUUAAUGAGGUGGAACAUAAGAAAUAGAAGGCGGAUAAUUUACAUCACAAACUUGUGUUCAGAAAUGACAUUUUUUGUUCAGAUCUGAAUACAAAAGUAAGACAUCACAGAUAUUGAUACUGAAAAAUCAACUGAAAUACUCAAGUCAGUGGAAGGUGAAAAGCUAGUCAUCUAUUAUUUGUAUCUUUCUUUUUUGUUUGAAAACAGUUAGCAUUGAAUUUAAUGAGUGAAUUUACAACUUUAUAAAGUUUCAAAAUUAUUUUGUGCGUUUUUGAAUCUUGAACUUCAUUUAUAAUCCUUAAUUUUUAAAUGUUUUCUGAUACCUACUUGUUGUGUGUAUGUGGCAAAGAAUGUGUGUGAGAGAGUUUAUUAUCCUAAAUAAAUAUGUUAAUAAGUCAGGAGAAAAAAUCUCAUUUAUUGAUAUAAAUAAGUCUGUAUCCAGUCAUUGUGUACAUUAUUACAACUACUGUUUUUUAUAGUGAGAUAUUUUUAAAACCAUGUUGACUCUGUGAAUGUAAUACUAACUUACUAUUUAAAAGCAAUACUUAAACACUAAGGUCCUAUCUGAGAUAUAUAUGUAAAGUUAUAUUAUUAAUUGUAAAAUGAUGUAUAAAUAGUUUUUAAAAUAGUUUAGUUCCUGUGCAAUCCAAGUUUUUUCUAUUUUAAUUUCUCAACUUCAAUUGUUACACACGUCUCAAUAAUAUUAUCUAAUACUAUAUUGUUUUUGGUGAUCUUUUUCAAUGGAAAAAACAACUUUUUAUCUAUAAAAUAGUCGAUGACUUUUAAAAUAAUUUGGUUUUUUCUUUGUGUAGUUUCUUAGAUGAUUGUAAACGUCUUCAAAAGAAAAAAGCAUAAUAACCAUUGAGAAAAUAAUAUAAAAUUAUUGAAAAAUAUGUGCUUCUCUUAACGGUAAUCACCAGUCCAAAAGUUCGAAACAUUAUGGAGUUAUUCUCCGUGAUAUUUUAUUCUUAAAAUGAGACUUGAUGUAUUUUAUUAACCUUUUGUAUAGACAUUAUUAUUAAAAAAAAUUGAAAAAGAAAAAAUUACAUUGUACAUAUGAAGAGAAGAAUGAUGAUGCAAACUUAGUUAGAUUUUAAUGAAACAUAAAUUGUAUGCAUUGUAUAUUUUAAACCAGUUGAAAGAUAGGAAAUUUAAUAAAAAAAAUG